AUGAGCUCCCUCACAAAUAUCUAUGUUUUUACUUGUGCCUUUACCUUCACACUAUGGAACAAUAUCCAGCCAACUGUAGAAGAUGAAUUUAUUGCAAAUUAUUCAAGCAGUUUGCUAACUUAUGUUCCAAAAAUCAUUCCAGCCCAUACUCGGGUAUUAGAUUUAUCACAUAAUAGGAUCUCUGGACUUAGUAUCUCAGAAUUUAUUUAUUUUUCUGACCUUCAAGUAUUAAAUAUUUCUUAUAAUAUAAUUACAGUGCUUGACUUUAGUGUCUUUAUUUUUAAUGAAAAUUUAGAAUACUUAGAUUUAUCUCAUAAUAACAUUUCAAAAGUUUGCUGUCUCACUCUUGCAUAUCUUAGACAUUUAGAUCUUUCUUUCAAUAAGUUUACUGCCCUGCCCAUGUGUCAGGAAUUUGGGAACAUGUUUCAUUUGGAGUACCUUGGAUUAACUGCUACAAUGAUACGAAGGUCAGACUUCAGGUAUAUCAAACAUUUGCAGCUGCACACUGUCUUCCUGACCUUAAGAAACUUUUCAUUGUAUGAGCCUCAGAGUCUGACAGUCUUGACCACAAGGAACCUCCACAUUGUUUUUGCAGCAAACCAAAACUUCAUUUUUCCCCUCUUGUAUGAUGGAAUGAGCACUUCAGAAAACUUAAAAAUAGUUAACUUAAUAUAUACCUUGAGCUACAAAGAUUUCCCUGCUCCGCCUUUAAUGCUUCUGAAAAAAAUCAAGACAACAGCUCUCACGCUUGAGGCUGUGGACUUAAAAUGGGCUAUCAUCCUGCAAAUUUUCAUGCUUAUUUGGUAUUCACCUAUGGAACAUUUGACUGUGAGAAAUUUGACUUUUCGGGGUCCACUGGAGGAGCCAAAUGAAUAUGCAUUUCUACCCUUAUUAAGCUCUGUAGAACAUUUAAUUUCUUUGGAUGGCUCCAUGAAAACAUUAACUUUGGAGCAUGUUCGUAAUAAAGUUUAUUAUUUCAACCAGGAGAUUCUAUACAGACAGUUCUCAGAGAUGAAUAUUGCCAAUUUGACAAUAAGUGAUGCCUAUAUGCCGCACAUGCUUUGUCCCAAUAGAACAAGCUCAUUUCAGUAUUUAAAUUUUUCUCACAAUGCUCUGACAGAUGAGUUGUUCCAGAAUUGUGGCACUCUCAUGGAUCUGAAAUUACUUAUUUUGCAGAAGAAUAAAUUUGAGAGCCUUUACAAGGUAAGCUUCAUGACGAGCCAUAUGAAAUCACUGAAAUACCUGGACAUGAGCAGCAACCUGCUGCGCCACGAUGGAGCCGACGUGCAGUGCCAGUGGGCUGAGUCUCUGACAGAGCUGGACCUGUCCUCCAAUCAGUUGGCAGAUGCUGUGUUUGAAUGCUUGCCCGUCAACAUCAAAAAACUCGGCCUACAAAACAAUCAGAUCAGCAAUGUCCCCAGGGGGAUCGUGCAGCUGGAAUCCCUGCAAGAGCUGAACCUGGCAUCCAACAGGCUGGCUGACCUGCCAGGGUGCAGUGGCUUUCCGUCCCUGCAGUUCCUGAACACAGAGAUGAAUUCGAUCCUCACCCCGUCAGCUGAGUUCUUCCGGAGCUGCCCAAGGGUCAGGGAGCUGCAGGCCGGGCACAACCCGUUCAAGUGUUCCUGUGAACUGCAGGCCUUUAUCCGCCUGGAGAGGCGGGCAGGGGGGAAGCUGUUCGGCUGGCCGGCGGCGUACGUGUGCGAGUACCCGGAAGGCUUGCGAGGAACGGAGCUCAAGGACUUCCACCUGAGCCUGCUGGCUUGCAACACGACGCUCCUGCUUGUGACAGCUCUGCUGCUAACGCUGGUGCUGGUGGCUGCGGUGGCCUUCCUGUGCAUCUACCUGGAUGUGCCGUGGUACGUGCGGAUGACAUGGCAGUGGACGCAGACGAAGCGCAGAGCUUGGCACAGCCCGCCCGGAGAUCAGGGGGCCGUUCUGCAAUUCCACGCGUUCAUUUCCUACAGCGAGCGCGAUUCGCUGUGGGUGAAGAACGAGCUGAUCCCGAACCUGGAGAAGGGGGAGGGCUGCGUGCGGCUGUGCCAGCACGAGAGGAACUUUAUCCCUGGCAAGAGCAUUGUGGAGAACAUCAUCAACUGCAUUGAGAAGAGCUACAAGUCGAUCUUUGUGUUGUCUCCCAACUUUGUGCAGAGCGAGUGGUGUCACUAUGAGCUGUACUUUGCCCAUCACAAGUUAUUCAGUGAGAAUUCCAACAGCUUAAUCCUCGUUUUACUGGAGCCUAUCCCUCCGUACCUUAUCCCUGCCAGGUAUCACAAGCUGAAAGCUCUCAUGGCAAAGCGCACUUACCUGGAGUGGCCGAAGGAGAGGAGCAAGCGUGCCCUAUUCUGGGCUAACCUGAGGGCAGCCAUUAACAUUAACCUGCCAAUAUCCAGUGAAGCAAAUGAGUGAUGCUACACCUGCUAGUAGUAUAAGUAUGUAAAUAACUGACUUGAUUAUUUUGCAUUAAACUCUGUUAAUUUUUUUUUCUAUUUUCUUACAAUAUUCCCAGUUUGUUACAAAAUGUGGUACAUAUAGAAAUUGCUAUUGCUUAUUUAAGCCAUCCAAGUAGUCAGAGGUCAUCUGUAGUUGCCCUUCAUCAACAAAGAAUGAGAGAGAAAUUUUCAAUGUUUGACCUUAUUUUUAGGUUGCAUUUGUUUUGGACUUUUCCCAUUGAAAGCUAUAUUUGAAAGUAACAAGAAUAGUGACUGGUUUAGUGUAAUCAGGCUGCCAAGGCAUACAUUUAAUCUUUGUUCUGAUAUGAAUACUGUGAGGUUAAGAAUGUAGGGAUGUGCUUUCUUGGUUUUAAUAAAGUAACAUAAAGAAGAAAACUCUUGUUUGAAUCCUAUCCAGUACAUUAGAAUAGUAGAUGUCAAGAGUACAGUAUCUGCACUCUUUUAGCUUAUUUUCCCUUCCUGCAAGUCUUUCCCUUCAUCACAGAGAGACUUCCUUGGGUGAAUGCUGAAAAGUUGAAUCCAUUAAUCCUUGUUUGAUGGUCUUCUUCCUUUGCUGUAUUUAACAUUACUACUUGCAUUAUCUACAUUAUCUAACAUUAUCUACAGAUAGAUACCUGCCAAGUCAUGAUUUCAUAGGAUUUGCUAUUCACUGUCUUCAAAUUCAUAGUUAAUACUAUGUACUUAUUAUUUUUUAUAGUUUUGUAAUAUUGCUGCUUUCUGCUGUGAUUCUAUCAAGCUAUACCAGGCUGCAUGUUUUUUCUGUUUCCUAAUACUCAGAAACUUGAUGUUUGGAGGUGAACCCUCUUUUAUCUCCAGGCUUCCACUGAACUCUGUUACCUUGCUCAUUUAAUUAGCAGGUGUUGAGGGUCAUCACACAGCUGAAAAAAGAGUAAUUUUCCCUUGGAAAUAAC